AUGCGAACUUUACAAGUAUGUGGGGCUUCAGUUUCGCAAAGCAUUGGCGCUGGAAAACACCCUCUUAAUCUACUAAACAAACCAGAAAAACCAAAGGAUACUUUCGACAUUUUUUGUGACAACUUAAUUAUCAACGAAAAAAUCUACGAUCCUGCAGAAAAAAAGGAUCGGCUGAAGUAUGCUCUUCCGAUCCUUUAUGAUCGACUGAUUGGUGUUGUAAACUAUUUUCUUAAAUUAAUCGUCACAGACGAAAUAAUUAAAUCGAUCAGUGAAUAUCGCAGAAAUGGUAAUGAAUUAGAACGAAUAAAGCAGUUUGUCGUUACCUUUGGAGAGGACAUAUAUGAUUAUGAGUAUCUAGCGAAAAUGGAUUAUAUUUUAAGAGUAUAUAAAAAAUUUUGUAAGGCUGAAGGUGAGGCUUAUGGGGUCAGAAUGUUUGACCAGGAGAAUAGAUAUUGUGAUACUCUCAAGGGCCUAGAAAUGUGUAAAUUCACGGAUUUGUUUUUUGGAAGAGAAAAAUAUAAGCCUGUUUUUCAAAGCUUUUAUGACGACUGUCAUAGUUCCUGUGGUGAGGAGGAGUUAAAUUUAUAUAGAGCAAAUUUACGAGUUCUUGACGUAAAUUUAUCAUCAAGAAAUUAA